UAUAUAUACAUCUCGUGUAUAUAUGCCGUGAUAUAAACACCGAUCGAUAUUAAUUGUGAUCACAUUUGACUACAUUUGUUAAAUACAGUCAAUUAUGUCCUUUAUUGACGAUUAUAUCGGGUAUUUGUGAGCGAAAUAUCAUGUUGUGGUCAAACGCGAGACAAAUAUAAUGGUAUAAUAGGGACACAUCUUUCAUCGUUGUCUCCGAUAGUGUCUGUGCUGUGAAUAAAACGGUCAGAAAAGACAAGAAACACAACAAUACAUGCGGUGUUUGGGCCGAGAAUUAGCUAAUUGUUUGGCUCACGUCUACAAACAUAUAUAAUCGAUAUAGGUGGUUGUCUCGGACCAAGUGUUAUUAUCGAUAGAAAUCUAUAUAAAUCUACUAAUUACUGGUGAAUAUACUAUGAAGACAAUGAAAUAUGACAUCAAUAAGGAGAACAGUCUCGACGAUCAGAACAAUGAUGACGGGGGCGGCAAUCAAGUGGCCAACGCCUGCCUCCAGUGUUUCAAAGUGUGCUUCAAGAAGAAGGCCAACUUUGGUUUGGAGGACUUGUUUUGGUUAUCGUUUCUAAUCUUAAUAAUAAUCCUAUCGGUGGUGAAGUCGACGACACGGAUCGGUUGGUCGCAGUUUAUUUACGUAAUCUGCGGUUCAGUGCUCGGCCUAAUCGUGGUCUACAUCAGCGCCUCCGUUAUC